AUGGGCCUCUUCAAGCGCAAGGAGCGCCUGGACUCGCCGCAAUUGCACGGCCUGCUGGCGCCUAUAAAUACCACGCCGUCGCCUUCGCUGGACUCGGGCUCGAAAAGCAGUAAAGUCAGGUUCUUGAAGGGAAGACAUCUGCAUCAGGAAGAGAAGACAGGGGAGGAGCUGAAACCCAGGCUGAAACCGCUGCUUCCACGGCAAAUCAGUACUGAACAUCAUAUUGUGCAUCACCAGGAUGAGGACGAAGAGGAAUUCGAGUCAGAUCUGGACUACGAGCCUCAUAUGCAUACAUGGAUCCCUAGAGAUAGGACGGCUACGGUAUCCCAGCUUUCUACGUUGAUGGGGUACUGUGGGUUGGGGUCGCUGGAUCUGAAGGAGGCGCUUCAGAAAGCUGCCAACGAGGAGCUGAAACGGACGUUUUCGUUGUUGAACGAGUCGUAUAAGAUCACUCGUUUGUCGCCUACGAUGAAUAGGAAAGAUGCGCUGUUGGACGCUUCCAUCAUCAACGAGCCUCAAUUGGAGCUUAUCAAUAAGCUUAAGGAGGAGUUGAACGCUGUUCUUGACAUGCAAGGGGAUUUGCCAAAGCAGUAUGCUUAUUUGGACCAGCAUAAGACAUUGAACCAGAGGUAUGGUACAGUCAAGGAUGUGGUUGGCCGUGGAGCGUACGGAGUGAUUAAGCUUAUUGAUUCGGGAGAUAGCCAGAUUUACGCUGUCAAGGAGCUCCAGAAACGCCCGAUUCCUGAUAGCAAACGCAUGGAGCCCAGCGAUAAGUUCAUUGAUCGGGUGAUUUCCGAGUUUAUUCUCUCUUCAACGCUAAACAACAAGAAUAUUGUUCGUACAGUGGAUCUUAUGGUUUCCCUACCGCCGCAGGAUGCCUCUGUGGAUACCAAUGCAGCCAACUUCAUCGAGAAGAACAUGAAGGUCAACCAGGUGAUGGAAUCCAGCAAUGGCGGUAACCUCUUUACGUACUUGAAGAAGUGUGUUACCCAGAAACACUACGUUUCCAUUGACGAUAUCGAUUGCAUGAUCAAGCAGAUUGCUCGUGGUGUUUGGUACAUGCACCAGCACGGCGUGGCCCACUGUGACUUGAAGCUUGAGAAUAUCUUGAUUGACUAUGACGAGAGCUCCAUCGCUCCUGACGCUGACGGCAAGAAAAAGGCUCGCAUGAACCUUAAGAUUUCAGAUUUCGGUAAAUCUAGUGUUUUCCGUACAGCUUGGGACUCGUCUGAACAACUCUGGCCAGCUUCCAGUGGUGCUAUAGGCUCAGAACCGUAUAUGGCUCCUGAGGAGCACGGCAAGGUAUGCAAAAGCUGGUCUUUGGCAAAGAAAGACUGCUGGGCGCUUGGAGUGUUGAUUCUUGUGUUGUACAACGUCAGAAGACACUAUUUCUGUGGUGCCUCCGAGAACUUCGUUGUAGCUACAUACUACGAUGAAACAUCCAAAGAAGAGGAUUCCAGAGCAUACGGAAGCACUUACUUAUGGAAACGAACAGAUCUCAAACCGCUUUCUCAUAAGAAAUACAAGGAUUCUGUGUUUGACGAGUACGUUCACAACGCCAUGGACGCCGACUACGACAGCAAAACACAAGAGUGGACCAUCAAGAAAAAGGGCACUUUUAUUCCUAUCGAAACGCUUUUCGAUAAAGGUAGCGACGACGAACACUCAAAUGCAUCUGCCAGCGAAGACGAAGAAGGUUUCGAGGAAUCUGACUACGAGUUACGGCGUCUUUUCAUAUACAAGCUCCUUGAUAUGAAUCCUUCUACGAGACUAAGCGUUGACGCUCUUCUCACAGGCGCCUGGCUAAACGAUGUCGAAAGUUGUGCUUGA